AUGGCCACCAAAGUGUACAUUGUUUACUACUCGAUGUAUGGGCAUGUCGAGAGACUUGCGCAAGAGAUCAAGAAAGGAGCAGAAUCUGUCGAAGGAGUUGAGGCUAAAUUAUGGCAGGUCCCAGAAACUCUAUCUCAUGAGAUUCUUGGAAAAAUGGGUGCCCCACCAAAGACUGAUGCGCCAGAGAUCACCCCAAGUGAACUUGCCAAAGCUGACGGUUUCGUAUUUGGAUUCCCCACUAGAUUUGGAAUGAUGGCUGCUCAAUUUAAGGCCUUCCUCGAUUCAACCGGAGGGCUGUGGAGGACUCAGGCGCUGGCAGGCAAGCCUGCUGGCAUCUUUUACAGCACCGGUUCUCAAGGAGGUGGACAAGAGACUACACCGUUAACAGCCAUUACUCAGCUGGUUCAUCAUGGUAUGAUUUUUGUCCCCAUUGGCUACACAUUUGGGGCUGGCAUGUUUGAGAUGGAGCAGGUUAAGGGUGGCAGCCCUUAUGGCGCUGGGACCUUUGCCGGAGACGGCUCCAGACAACCUACAGAUCUGGAACUCGGUCAAGCUUUCCACCAAGGGAAGUACAUUGCUGCUGUCGCAAAGAAGCUGAAAGCAGCUGCCUAAGUUGCAAAACCAUUACUAGUUCUUCGUCCAAAAUCUCUGUUUUGAUUUAAGAUAUGUGUUUGUGUUGAUCAAAUAAAUGUCGUGGUUAAAGGAAUACGUUUGAUUCUCAUAUAAUAGAUUCGCUACCAGUGAUCUUGUUUCUUGACAUUUUGUUGUUCAAUAUCUUCUUACUUUAAUACAUUUUGUUUAAUCGCUUCCGA